AUGGCAACUCGUGCGCUCGAAUCCCGCUUCGAGCAUCUGUCGGUGAACGACGAGAAUGAGCCUCUUGAUGGCAGCAAAUACCUGAAAUCAAAGAUGACAAAUUCCGCAGCACCAUCCAGCUCUCAAUUAUCCCAAAAUGCAAGCCGGGCGAACCUUCACAAGAUUGCGCUUCAGAACCAAAGUACCACCAGCACCAUUGUCGCUGUCCCAUCACAAACUGCACAAUGGCGAGCCUCGAGGAUACAAAAUGGCUCUGGUUCCCCUGCACGAAAGGAGAAUUCUGGUGCUUCUUCAGAAUUUGACGAAACCGCUCGGGUAGAGCCAAAGAACCCCCUAUAUGAUCUGCCGAUGCCAAAGCAAUUCCACCUUGGAAUGUUUGAGAUAGGCCGGCCUUUGGGAAAAGGGAAGUUUGGCCGAGUAUAUUUGGUCAGGGAGAGGAACUCCGGCUUUAUCUGCGCUCUCAAAGUCCUUCACAAGAAUGAGCUAAAGCAUGGCGAUGCAGAGAAGCAGGUGCGAAGAGAGAUCGAGAUUCAAAGCAACUUACGGCAUCCAAACGUCUUACGCUUGUUUGGACAUUUCCACGAUAGCAAAAGAAUCUUCCUCAUUCUCGAAUUUGCUGGCAAAGGAGAAUUGUACAAACAUCUUCGUCGGGAGAACAGGUUCCCCGAAUGGAAAGCUGCGCAAUACAUCGCGCAGAUGGCAGCUGCGUUGCAGUAUUGCCAUAAAAAGCAUAUCAUGCAUCGCGAUAUCAAACCAGAGAAUAUCCUUCUUGGGAUACAUGGAGAAAUUAAGCUUUCGGAUUUCGGAUGGAGUGUACACGCGCCCAGUAAUCGUCGUGACACACUCUGUGGAACCCUGGACUACCUCCCUCCCGAGAUGUUGAAGCAGCCUGGACGAGUCAAGAACACCUAUACCAACAGGGUAGAUCUGUGGUCGCUUGGUGUGCUGACCUACGAGUUCUUGGUUGGAGAAGCACCGUUUGAAGACACGCCAGUGUUAACGCAGAGGAAAAUUCUGAGGGGAGAAAUGACAGUACCACCUUUUGUGAGCCCGGAAGCAAAGGAUUUAAUUACGAGGUUGCUGGUGCUUGACCCUGACAAGCGGAUAUCUCUCGACCAUGUGCAGGAACACCCAUGGAUUAUCAAGUAUUGUGUGAAGGGGGAGCGUAAGACGAUGAGGGAAUCGAAGAAACCAGACCGCAAAGACUCCUCAUCUGAUCGAAAAGAAUGA